AUGUUGACUAACAUUGUGAAUUUUGUUAGUGCUUCUGCUAAGCGCCGUAGUGAGUUAAACUUAAUUAGAAAAGUUGAACUCAAUGGGUUGUUGGAUUCUGGAGAACUUGAGACAGGUAGAGGACUUAAUCAAGCUCGUAGUUUGAAACGAGCUGGAGCCACUCGUUGGGGCUCUCAUUAUGCCUCUAUUACAAGUUUGAUGUGUUUAUUUAAAGAGACUAAAUUACUUAUUCAAGAAAUCAGUGAUCAUGGACCAAACCAACAAUUUCGUGGAGAUGCUGAGAGUAACUAUAUUGCUAUGAUGUCUUUUGAGCCAAAACUCAAGACAUUGUAA